CCUUCCCUUCCCAUCCCAUGGUUCUAGAAAACCCCACACGUUUAAAUAGUACGUGAUGCACUAAAAAAGCAUUCUCGUACUGAUUCUUAUCUGUUGUGGAUCAACAAGAGAUCAGAGCAUCGGAAUUUUUCCGCCAUUGAUUGAGAGAAACAGAGUUCCAAGCUUUCAACUUUUGUGUUUAGAGUUGUGCAAUGGAUCAGGUUCAUAUUUUCUUCUUUCCUAUGAUGGCUCAUGGGCAUAUGAUCCCCACUUUAGACAUGGCGAAGCUGUUUGUAUACCGCGGCGCUAGAGCCACGGUGAUCACCACCCCUCUCAACGUCCCCUACCUCACCAAAGCCAUCCAAAAAAUCAACCAUCUGGGCAUCGAGAUCGCCGUCCGGGCGAUCACGUUCCCGGCGGCGGAGGCCGGGCUGCCGGACGGGUGCGAGAGGAUGGACCAGCUAAGCUCCGACGAUUUAGUCCCCAAAUUCUUCAAAGCCACCGCCCUGCUUCAAGAGCCGCUGGAGAAUCUCCUGCAAGAGUGCCGCCCCAACGCCCUCGUCGCCGACAUGUUCUUCCCGUGGGCCACGGACGCUGCCGCGAAAUUCGGGAUCCCCAGAUUGGUGUUCCACGGAAUAGGGUACUUCGCCCUCUGCGCCACGGAGAACGUGCGGGCCUACAAACCGCACAAGAAUGUUUCCUCGGACUUGGAGCCUUUCCUCGUCCCGGGUCUCCCGCACGAAAUCUAUCUCACGAGAUCCCAGUUGUCCCUCCACGAUCGCGAGGAUUCUGAGACGUAUAUGACGAAAUUGCUUCGAGAAGUCAAGGAAUCGGAGUCCAGAAGCUAUGGAGUGAUCGUGAAUAGCGUGUACGAGCUAGAGCCCGAGUAUGCCGAGUACUAUACCAAAGUAUUAGGGAAAAGAGCGUGGCACAUUGGCCCUCUUCUCCUCUGCAACACAAAAAUCGAAGAGAAAGCCCGAAGAGAAAAACGAACAACAUUAUCACCGCCAUCUAGCGAAGAACGACACGAGAUCUUGAAAUGGCUCGACACCAAGAAACCCAGCUCGGUAAUCUACGUAUGUUUCGGAAGCAUGUCCCACUUCAUUCCCUCCCAACUCCACGAAAUCGCGGUCGGCCUAGAGGCAUCAGGGCAGCAGUUCAUCUGGGUGGUACGUAAGGACGACAAAGACCAAGAAAACGAGGAAUGGCUGCCGGAAGGGUACGAGGAGAGGGUACGAGGGAAAGGCAUGAUCGUCCGAGGGUGGGCCCCGCAAGUGCUGAUUCUCGACCACGAAGCCACGGGAGCGUUCGUGACCCACUGCGGGUGGAACUCGACUCUGGAAGGAAUAUGCGCCGGGGUGCCAAUGGUGACGUGGCCGAUGUUCGCGGAGCAAUUCUAUAACGAGAAACUGCUGACUACAGUUUUGAAGGUGGGGGUUGAGGUUGGGGCGAAGCAGUGGAGCAGAGUGACGGCGGAUGUGAAGGGGGAAGCGGUGGCGCAGGCGGUGGUGAGAGUGAUGGUGGGUGAGGAAGCGGAGGGGUUUAGGAGUCGAGCGAGAAGCCUCAAGGAGAAAGCACUGAACGCCAUUGAGCCAGGCGGGUCGUCUUACUCUGCUCUAAACGCCCUGUUGAAGGAGUUGAGCACAGCAAAAUAGACAGCUACAAUAUCUGUCUUUGUUUGUCUAGUGUUGAAGUAUUCUACAAAACCUUGUACUCGGGGAUGUAUCUUUGUUUUAAUUAUUCUAGUGUUUGGAAAUUAUUAAGCAUAUGCAUCUAUCAAGCAACUGCUUUUUCAUU